GUCGUGGACGCUGGUUAUGGCCAAAUUGCCUUGCACAACGCGGCCAGCAACCGUUUCAUCAAGAUGGGCAGCGACAUGAUUCGCUCGCCUACAAAGAACUGGAAUGAGUUGCCUGGUGGCUGGAGUGCGGAGCGCUUCACGGUCAUCGACGCAG